GCCCUCGACCACAACUCGCUUUCUCCCUCUUCAAGCCACACAAGUUCUCUCCGCCUCUCACCAUGCCCGGCCUCGACACUCACACCAAGCGCGGCCACGUCGUCACCUUCUCGCUCCUCAUCUUCUUCUCGCUCAUCGAGUGGGCCAUCGCCGCGUACCUCGUCAACACCUACAACUCCAACAACAACUACCCGAGCAACUCGGUCCGUGACCGCGUCCGGUUCCUCCUCUUCACCGGCCUGUGGACGUUCUUCUUCUCGAUCUUCUACCUCGUCGGCUUCCUCAAGGCGACCACCUCGUUCCUCUUCUCGAUCGCGUCGCACGUCGCGUGGCUCUUCAUCACCUGGGUCUUCUGGCUCGCCGGCACGGCCGCGUUCGCCGCCUCGCUCGGCGGCUCGCUCGACUGCGGCAACUACGACGCGCCCCACUGCCACACGCUCAACGCGCUCGAGGCGUUCGGCUGGAUCAACUUUGUCAUCGUGACCCUCAUGCUCGCGUACACCCUGUUCGCCGGCGCCCGCUCGGCGCGCAGCGGCAACGGCUUCGGUGGCGCCAUGGUCGACGUCUAAACGUUGUCGUCGUCCCUCCCUCGCCGCGUCUCGACUCGGGCGCUCGCACCCCCGAUCACCGAGCCAGCUCUCCCUCGCCCUCAUCUCCCUCUCCUCACCACCCACAUGUAGCUCAAGCUCCUCCCCGCACUCCACCCUACAUCGUACAAAGCCCAACCCCUUCAUCCAUCGCUCCUCUCCCCUCCUCUCGCUAAUCUUCUUCCCCCCUCCCCCGACACCCUUAGCCUCGCCGUACCUUAAUCUUCCCCUCUACAAAGCGUGUGCAAAGCGAGUCGUACAUACAUCUC